UUUGGCGGCAAAUUGUUAAAAGGUAUCAGAAGAAAAGUUAUUAGUAAUUUGAUUUUAAUUGUAGGUUUCAAUUGUUGAUUUCAAUUUUAUUGUUAUUAUAUAAGACAACAGGUCAAUUUUUAUUUAUUAUAGAGUAUUAACAUGGUAUCUGAAAUUGGUGAAAUGCGUUAUGCUCAUAGUGAAGGGCAUACAGAUUUAUGUUUUGAUGAUGAUGGAAGAUAUAUUUUUACUUGUGGUACUGAUGGAGAUAUUAGAAUUUGGGAUGGUUUUCAAGAUGAUAAUCCAACUACUCAUCAUACUGGUGAUUAUUGUCAUGCUGUUUCAUUUAAGGCUGGAAAAUUAUAUGUUGCAAAUGAUGCAAAUGCAAUUCAAGUUUAUAGUUUUCCAAGUAUGAAUCCAGAUGGUAUUAUUACAAGAUUUGCAUCUCAAAUAAACAGUAUAUAUUGUAGCACCAAUGGAAAAAUUCUUUUAGCUGGAGCAGGAGAUUUCAUAAUUAAAGCUGUAGAUACAACUAAUAGUGCACAAAAUAUAUUUGAAGGACAUGAAGCACCUAUUUUAAGUGUUGCUCUUGAUCCACAAGAAUAUUAUAUAGCUUCCUCCAGUUGUGAUGGUUCAGUAUGUGUUUGGAGAUUGUCAGAUCAAACUCGUGUAAAAGUAAUGAAUUUAUUACCAAAAUCCAAUGAUUUUUGUUUAUCUAAAACUUUAUGUCGUCUUUGUUGGCAUCCUAACAGAGGAAAAUUUCUAGCUGUGCCAGUGGAUAAAGAAAUUCAUCUUUAUCAAAGAGAAACAUGGGAUUUGAUGAUGUCACUUAAAUGUGAAACAUCAGAGUUCAUCUCUAUUGUAGUUUUUUCACCUUGUGGUAAUUUAAUAGCUGGUGCUUCUACAGAUGGAUAUGUGUUUAUUUGGGAAUUAAAUUCAUUUACUUGCUUAGAUAGAUAUAAGCAUGAAAAUUCAGAGGCUUUAUGUGGUUUAGUAUGGAAUCCAAAAAACAAAAAACAAUUGGCAUUGUGUGACAUUCAAGGUCAGCUAGGACUGAUAGAAAAUGUAGUUUCAGUUGAUUGUGAAAAAAUGGAUGCUUCAAAACAAAGUUUAAUAAAAGAAUCUUUUCAACAUAAUGAUGAUAAAACAUUAUCUGACAAUGAUUCUGUAUCAAAUUCAAAGAUCCCAGAUGAUGACAAUGAUGAUGACGAUGAUAACAAUUAUGACAUUGAUAUUGGUGCCAUCAAAGCUAGUCUGGAGCCAAAAAUUUUUGGUUUACAAGUGAAUGAUGAUGAAACUAAAAUGUCAGCACUAAUAGUUCCACCAUCUCAGCCUCCAUCAGGUCCUACUCUAACAUCUUUGCAACCAGCAUUUCAACCUUCUUCAACACCUGAUCAUUGGGAUCAUAGAUUCAUGGAUGCUUCAAAACAAAGUUUAAUAAAAGAAUCUUUUCAACAUAAUGAUGAUAAAACAUUAUCUGACAAUGAUUCUGUAUCAAAUUCAAAGAUCCCAGAUGAUGACAAUGAUGAUGACGAUGAUAACAAUUAUGACAUUGAUAUUGGUGCCAUCAAAGCUAGUCUGGAGCCAAAAAUUUUUGGUUUACAAGUGAAUGAUGAUGAAACUAAAAUGUCAGCACUAAUAGUUCCACCAUCUCAGCCUCCAUCAGGUCCUACUCUAACAUCUUUGCAACCAGCAUUUCAACCUUCUUCAACACCUGAUCAUUGGGAUCAUAGAUUCAUGGUAUGGAAUAACAUUGGAAUUGUGAAGUGUUAUAAUACUGAAGAAGAAAAUUCUAUUGAUGUUGAAUUUCAUGAUACUAGCAUACAUCAUGCAAUUCAUUUAAUAAAUUCAUUGAAUCAUACUAUGGCUUCUUUAUCUACUGAAGGGUUAUUACUUGCAUGUUCUAAAGACAAAGAGAAUGCAAGCCAAAUUGUUUGUAUGAACUUUGAUUCUUGGGAUUCUAAUAAAGAGUGGAGUUCAGAAAUGCCUAAGGAUGAAAAUAUUGAGGCUAUUACAAUUGGUUCUGGUUGGUUAGCUGUUGCAACAGAUAUGCGAUUAAUUCGCAUUUUUUCUAUUGGAGGAAUUCAAUUAGAAAUAUUCAAUAUACCUGGUCCUGUAGUUUGUAUUACUGCUUAUGAGAAAACUUUAUCUGUAAUAUAUCAUCAAGGAUAUGGUGUACCAGGAGAUCAGAAUCUAAUGAUGAUAAUAUUUAAAGUCAAUGAUAAGAAACAAUUAUUUCUAAAUCCUAUUCCAGUACCAUUAAGUCCAAAAUCUACUUUAUUUUGGUCAGGAUUUACAGAUGAAGGAACUGUCUGUACUGUUGAUUCAUCAGGCAUUGUUAGAUUACUAAAUUUUGAAUUUAAUAACAAAUGGUUGCCUGUGGCAAAUACAAAAGGUCAUACGAAAGGAAAAUCUGAUCAUUAUUUUGUUAUUGGAAUUAGUGAAAUUCAGCAAAAUAUUAGAUGUAUUCCAUGUAAGGGAUCAAGAUAUCCUCCAACUUUACCUCGACCAGCUGUGACAGUGCUUCCAUUCCAAUUACCAUUAUGUGAACAACAGACAGAUAAAGGGCAGUAUGAAGAAGAAUUUUGGAGAAUUAGUCUUCUUUAUAAAUUACUCAAACAAUUAUCUAAAAAUGGCUUUGAUGUAGAUUCUGAAAUAGAAAAUGCUGAUAAAAAGAGAACAGAUAGCUUAUUGAGAAUGUUUGCACUUGCAACUAGAUCAGAUCGGGAAUUUAGAGCUUUAGAAAUUGCAGAAUUGAUGCCAUCACACAGAAUAGUUGAGGGAGCUAUUCGGUAUGCUUCUCAAAGGCAUCAUCUUGCUUUGGCAGACCGUUUAGGAUUAAUUGCUCAGCAAAAAUUAGAAGAAGAAGCUGAUAGUCAUGAAAUAAUAAAUGUAGAUGCUGAAUGGAAUAAUGAAUUUAAUAAUACAGUAAUUCAUAAUAAGAAAUUAUCAACAGGUUCAGUUGAAGAUGAUGUGGUGUUACAACCAAAACCUUUAGCCAAAGUAUAUAAACAGAAAGAAGAAUGUGAUGAUUUGGAUAUAAAUAGUGAAAGAGAUGAUACAAAUCAAAAUUUUGUAAUUGAGAAAACUGAAGAGUUAUCUGAAUCAAUACAAAAAAAUCCUUUUAAGACUUAUAGUCAAAAACAACAAAGUAAUGUUAGAAUUGAUAAUAUAUUGGAAAAUGUAAUUAAAAGAAAUUCAAAAGUCUCAGAAGAUAACAAUCCAAAAAAAUCAAAGAUAAGUAAGCAAACAAAACUGUUUCCUGAGAAAGAAAAUACAGCAACUAAUAAAGGUGAAAUGGAGAAACAGUCUAAUUUUAAAAAAUUUUUGGAAGAAAAUAAAAAAAUAUUAAGUGAAGAGAAUCCUGAACUGGAUGAAAAUGAAAUAGUCAAGAUUGCAAUACAAAAUUUUAAAAAAAUACGAUCAGAGGAGAAGCAGAAUUCAACAGCAAAGAGAAGACAGGAUAAUGAUGAGCAAAAUAGUAAGAAGAGAAAGAACUCAACUACUAAUUUAUCUAGUGAAACAUCAUCGAAAUUAUCAAAAUUUUCAUUUUUGAAAAAAUCAUGAUGAAAUGUUUUGUAAAAAAAAAAGCAAAAUCAAUUGGGCAACAAAAUGAUUUUAUUUUAUCUUUUUAUACACAAAAAUUUGAUGUUAAAAGUUUUGCUUUCAGAUGACGAUUGUGCCCAUUGAAUUGUAUCAUAAAAAGGUUCCCAAAAAUAUAUAUAUAUGUAUAAUGUAUUUAUGUACACAAUCGGUCAUUGGCAUCACUUUCGCUGCCACUGGUAUCGUCUUCGUGUUCUUCAACUUCCAUUUUGUCCCAAUCCUCCUGAAAAAUUUAAAUCAUACAAAUAAAUCCUAUAAGAAAUAAAAACAUUAUUUUUUGUUCAGUAAAUUUUAUCAAAAUUAAUUUAGAAGGUUUACUCCUUCAAACAGAAAAAUAAUAUACUUAGCAUAAUACAUGAAUUCUCAAAAAACCAAAUGUGUGUUAAUCAUUUUUAUAUAAAUUAUCAUCAUCAAGAAUUUGAGCAUUCAUUAGUGUCCCUUAUUUUCAGACACCCACAGAUUUUUCUUUUCACUCAAAAACAUGUCCAUAUUUAAUUUCUCUGUAAUCAAUGAAUAUUAACCCAUGUUGACUUGAGUAUCAAUGUGUCAAAAACAAUCUGGACUGGUCAUUAUACAUGGAGCUGUGUUAAUGUUAGAUAUAUUUGUGCGCCUUUACACUAUGUUGUAUGAAUUAUGCAGUUAAAUGGAUAGUGUUUUUUGAUUGGGAGGAAAAGGCUGGCUGUUUUAUUUUAUAACAUACAAGAGGUUAAACCAUGGCUGUAAAAGCCCCGAAUCAAGAUCUCUUCAUAAGAUUUUAACAACUUCAAGAAGCAGAGAUAGUUACAAUCAUUUCUACAGCAGCAUAGGCAACACUUGUGGUAUUUAUCUGAACUGGCAGUUUAUCUCUCUUUGAUGACUACAAUGACCUUCAAACAAAAAGUAAAAUGUUGGUCAAUUUGAGCAGAGAAUAUCAAUGUAUGGGAAGAAAUUUAUUCCUGUACCUGAAGAAAUGGAUAGCAAAUUAUUUGGUAACUUUAAUUUCUUUUUCACUGUAGUAGCAUACUUGUUUACCUUAUUUUCUCUAAAAUCAAUCAAUGAGACUAUUGAUGGCUUUGUAUCAAUUCAAAGUAGAGGAUUCUUUUCCAAGAUACAGAUAAAUACAAGUUGUCUCCAGGAAUAUCAUUCAACAUGUAAAAACAACACUUAACAUGUUAACAGCUCUUAGAUUACUGAGUAUGAUUGAGGAACAAAAGGAAUUUGCAUUGUGUGUGUGCAAGACCAUCAAAGGUUCUAUCUAAAUUGAAAAAAAGAAAAAGAAAACCCAUGCACAGUACAGUGGGUGAUCAGUUAACGAACAUAAUCCGUUCCAAGACUUUGUUCAU